UCCAUUGGGUAGAGGGGAGGAACAUUUGUGUUGGACGAAAUUUAACCAAUGGCUCAGUGUGUGUAGAGGUACAAUCAUAAAAGCCUAAAGAUGACAGAAGGCACGACUCUGAGGAGAAGGGGUGGACCCUAUAAAACAGACCCAGCCACAGAGCUGACCUGCUGGAGGCUCCGGAAUGAAGAGGGCAGGCAGACCUGGAGGUACCUGGAGGAUGAGGAGACAGAGGAGAAGAAGCAGACCUUACUGGAGGCUCACUCUCUGGGUCUGGACACGAGUAAGUUUGUGGAGGCAUCUCCUGCUGCCCACACUGCUGUUGAAGCUGCUCUGAAGGGCAUGGAGUUUUAUGAGCAUCUCCAGGCUGAGGAUGGUCACUGGGCCGGAGACUAUGGUGGACCACUUUUCUUGCUCCCAGGUCUCCUCAUAACUUGCCAUGUGGCUGACAUCCCUCUGCCAGAAGCCUGGAAGAAAGAGAUGGUGAGAUAUCUGCGCUCUGUACAGCUGGCGGAUGGAGGAUGGGGUCUGCACAUUGAAGACAAGUCUACUGUGUUUGGCACAGCCCUCAAUUACACCACGCUAAGAAUCCUGGGAGUUGGGCCUGAUGAUCCUGACAUGGUUCGAGCAAGAAACAGCUUGCACAGCAAAGGGGGUGCUGUAGGUAUACCAUCCUGGGGAAAAUUCUGGCUGGCUAUUCUGAAUGUUUACAGCUGGGAAGGAAUGAACACCCUGUUUCCAGAGAUGUGGCUGUUUCCUGCUUGGAUGCCGGCCCACCCUUCCACUCUGUGGUGCCACUGCAGACAGGUUUACCUCCCCAUGAGCUACUGCUAUGCUGUCAGACUGACCGCCAAAGAGGAUCCGCUUGUGCUCAGUCUGAGACAGGAGCUGUAUGUCCAGGACUAUGCUACUAUUAACUGGCCAGCUCAAAGAAACAAUGUAGCCGCCUGUGAUAUUUACACACCCCACAGCACCCUGCUCACUGUGGCCUACACGAUCCUGAACCUAUAUGAGGCUCACCACAGCACUGCGCUGAGAAAGAGAGCAGUCAAAGAACUGUACGAUCAUAUCAAAGCAGACGAUCGCUUUACGAAGUGCAUCAGCAUCGGCCCAAUUUCUAAAACCAUUAAUAUGUUGGUGCGCUGGUAUGUUGAUGGGCCCAAAUCAGCAGUGUUCCAGGAGCAUGUGGCCAGAAUCCCAGACUACCUCUGGUUAGGUCUCGAUGGUAUGAAAAUGCAGGGAACCAAUGGAUCUCAACUAUGGGACACUGCCUUUGCAGCACAAGCAUUUCUUGAGGCAGGUGCCCAGGACAACCCCAAGUUUACAGAGUGCUUAAAGAAAGCCCAUCAGUUCUUUAACAUAACCCAGAUUAAAGAGAAUCCUCCAGAGUAUGAAAAAUAUUACAGGCAGAUGAACAAGGGAGGUUUUCCGUUCAGCACACGGGACUGUGGCUGGAUCGUGGCUGACUGCACAGCGGAGGGGCUCAAGUCAGUGAUGUUGCUACAAGAGCACUGCAGCUUCAUCACAGAUCACGUCCCUCCAGAGAGACUCUUUGAUGCAGUCAAUGUGCUUCUCAGUAUGAAAAAUGCUGAUGGUGGUUUUGCUACUUAUGAGACCAAACGUGGAGGAAAGCUUCUGGAGCUGCUCAAUCCCUCAGAGGUGUUUGGGGAUAUCAUGAUUGACUACACUUAUGUGGAGUGCACUUCAGCUGUGAUGCAAGCUCUGCAGCACUUCCACCAUGCUUAUCCUGAGCACAGAACAAAGGAGAUCAGGAGCACACUUCAGCAAGGGCUUGACUACUGCAAGAGGACACAGAGGGCUGAUGGCUCAUGGGAAGGCUCGUGGGGAGUGUGCUUUACUUAUGGAGUCUGGUUUGGCCUGGAGGCAUUCGCAUGUAUGGGUCAUACCUUCCGGGAUGGCUAUGAUGGGCAGGUGUGUGCUGAGGUGAGGCGGGCCUGUGACUUUCUGCUGUCUAAGCAGAUGGAGGAUGGAGGCUGGGGAGAGGACUUUGAGUCAUGUGAACAACGGUGCUACGUACAGAGCAAAAACUCACAGAUACACAACACCUGCUGGGCUCUUCUGGGACUGAUGGCUGUCAGGUACCCUGACGUAGAUGUGAUUGAGCGCGGAAUACAGGUUUUGAUUGACAAGCAGCUGCCCAGUGGAGACUGGCCACAAGAAAAUAUCUCUGGUGUUUUCAACAAGAGCUGUGCCAUCAGCUACACGUCCUACAGAAACGUGUUCCCUAUUUGGACUCUGGGUCGAUUCUCACGACUCUACCCCUCCAGCCCUGUAGCUGGAAAGGUGAAAGUGUGAAACUGGUGUUCAUGCAUCUGCCUUACUCUAAAUAUAUGAUGCAAAUUUUACUGUCAUAUACACCAGUUUUUGCUGCUAUUUGUAAUUUACGUUAAUCUGUCUAAUAUGUCUGUUCUUUGUUGCUUUAGUAUCUAAGUAUAAUUUAAGUGUAAUUCAUUGUAAUUAAUUAAAUUGUGUACUUAAAAGACUCUCAUGUCCACCUCAGUCUACAAUUAUUGACUACUUGUCUGCUUGAAUGAUUUUACAGUAUCUGAUUUUUGUAAGAUUAUUAAGUACUGGAAGAGAUUGAAUUAAUAAGCUUUAUUCACUCACUGCCCUUACAAAGACAUUUCUUAAUAAACUAUUGAACCCAGUUUUUACAAAGAUACUGACAUUCACUAUUAUUUUCUUAUUUGAGAUUUGCAUAAUCUUUGAGAUCUAUCACUAUGGGUAGUCGUAGGCUAUAUUUUCUUUUCAGUCGAAAUCUCCAUUUAAAAUGCUGUGUAGUCUAUGUUGUAAAAGGGCAAUGGGGCAAGACCCUCUCUUAGGAUGUGCUUUGACAUCUUCACAAGAAACCCCGCCUCCAGGUUGCUACGGCCUCAGCAACACCAAUAGGAGGCAUGUCAGUGGUAAAGUGAGAGGGAGCUUUAACCAAUUAUUGACUUGCUGCUGCUCCUCCUCCAGGGGCUGGGCAACCUUGCUGUUGGGGAUCUAUAUUUGUGAAUGGAUUUGUGUGUCCAAUAAAAUAACCACAUUUGAAAACUAUGUGGGUACUUUAAUAAACACCUUUUUUACUGUCUCUGA